CAAAAAAACAACAAAUCUCGGCAGUUUUCCGUUUCGUGGUUGGUUUUUCCGUGAUUUUCCAUCGUCCAAAGCCCCCCCAUUAGCAUGGGAGAGAGUGAGGAGAAGAAAGGGGGAAAGGAUGGACCGGACGAUGCGGUCCCAGCGCUGGAUCUUUCGAAAACUCCGAAGGAAAUCUACUUCGAGCUGCUGAGGACGUGGGUCUAUCAUGCCGAGAUGCAGAAUCACAUGCAGGCUUACUUCCCGCACUACCUCAUGAGCAACUAUCCGCAGCUGUUUCAACUGAAUGCCGGUUCCGGAGCAGGAGAUCCGCCCGCACUGCCGGCCCUUCAUACCAGCAUGAACCCCACGGCUAGUGCUACGGCCCGGAUUAAUGCUGCAGUGGCUGCUGCGGCGGCCGUGGCCGCUGCCAAUAAUGCAUCGGCAGCAGGGCAGACCGCCGGAGCGAAUAAUCGUACCGGCCGAACGGAUCUUCUCGAUCCAGCACGUCCCGAUGCAGCAAUCAACCGCCACGGUGGAUUUGAGUACGUGAUCGCUCCUCUGUGGAAGCGAUUUGCGGCCGAAGCGAUCGAUAUUGCAAUCAUUUUUCUACUGAAGAUAAUGACCACACUGGCGUUUAUUGAUGCUUUCGAUAUCGAUCUAUUCUAUAUGGACCUAGAUGCCAUCAGAAACUCAUUCGAAGAGGACUACACGGAGCUGCUAUCGUUUACGUCCGAGUUAAUAUUCCUGGAAAUUGUCAUAAAGAUCGCGGUCUGUAUCUAUGAAGCGGCCUGGACGGCUCACGUACAGGUCAUUCCGGGCAGCGCGACUCCGGGGAAGAUGCUGAUGGGAUUGCGAAUCGUGCACGCCGAAUCGGUGGUCGUGCUCGAACCACAGCCCCUACCGGGACUGCUAAACAAUCAAAUCCCGCUAAGAGCGCUACUAUACCCAGCGACACCGCCCAGCUUUGGCCGUGCGUUCGCCCGGGCAGUUGUGAAGAACGUGGUGAUAGCGUUCUUCUUCCCGAUGUGUCUACUGCUGCUCUGCUUCCGGCACAAUCGCUCCAUCUAUGACGUGAUGACGAAGACGGUAGUGGUGGAGGAUAAUCCAAAUCCUGUCCUUCGAAGGCGCUAAAAAUGUUGUAAAUUUGCUUGAGCUGUAAUUGAGCUUUAUGUACGGCUGUGUGUGGAAUGUUGCGAAGACGUUUACUAAAUGUCCAAAUACCAAAAGCCAGAGCACGGAAAAUACGAAACCAGUGUAGGGAGGGGAUUACUGUUAAAAAGGAGGGUGUUUCUUUCACUGUAUAUGCAAUUGAGAGACGAGUCAGUAUGGACACUUUAUGGGUACCAUUUUUAGUUUACCAAAUAAAUGUAUAUCAAUGAUGAAUUCAAAACCCU